AUGAUUGUACGACAGGACGACGACUACGAUAUCCUCACCAUCGCUAACAAUCAUCCUCACCUUCCCUCUUUGAAAUUCUUGUCUCGUCCAUCCACAAUGGCAAUUGGUCGCCUCGUGGUAACUGUGGCGGUGGAGGCGGGCAAGCCACCGGGCUCAACUCGAGCCGACAUCCGAACUUCAACACUUCGCAGAAAGACGAUGCGUAUGGCCAUGCUCAUCGAGACCGACUAA